GCCCCGACGGCUCCGCCAUGGCAGCGCCGGAAGGGGCGGCGCUCCGGGAUCAGGCGGUUCCGCCAUGGUGCACCUGGGGCUGCGGCGCGUGGAGGACGGCGUGGCCGCCAAGCACCCGGUACGGCCGCGGAGGGACGCGCGGCGCCGGGAAGGCGGGGCCCGGCGGGAGGGGCUGCCCUGGUGCUAGCUGCACCCCGGCCUCUGACGGCGCCGUGGCCGGGACCGCCCGGUUCGCUCUUCUGGCAGGCAGCGGUGCUGCGUUCGCCGUGCAGAAGCUGGUGAACAAGAAAUUGCCGUACCCGCUGCAGUGGAACCUGCUGCUGUCUGUGGCGGCAGGGUCCCUGGCCAGCUAUACGGUGACCAGAGCGGAGACACAGAAAUGCUCUGACUUCUGGAUUUAUCUGGAGACAGGCAAGUCCCCGCAGGAGCACGUCGUGGCUGACAGAGUGCCUCAGCCCGCAGGGCUCUGCACUUCUCUGCUUUGCCCCUGCCAAACAUGCUGGGAUCAUAUGGGGUCCAAGGAGCUUGUUCUUGUCUGUAGCAGAAAAUCUGUUUGUCCAAGAGGACGCAGAGAGAGUGACACCAUCCGUGAGGAGGAACAAGUACGGGGACAUCGUGGAGUAGCCAGAAACACAGUGUGCUGUGCCCAUGUCCUCCUGCUGCUGCCCUCACCCCUUCUGUCUGUUUGGUGUGCCCCUGCAGCGUGGGAGAUGUCUGCAGCGCUGCUGGGAGCUCAGAUGAGUCCCCAGCGGUCUGUGUGUUGAGCACCCAAUAAAAGUCCCAAGCUGAAAGCACA